AUGGCUACAGGUGAUGAAGUACAUGCACAUCGUAGCCGAGUCUCUGACGUCGGUCAAGAGCCACUUAAAAUGCUAUUACCAAUUCGUGGAUACGAUCGAGUCCCCUUGGUGACACUCGAAGAAGCCGUGGAACCACUCGUGCGAAUCUUGCCUGAAAUAAAUGACUACGUUUAUGUCGCUAAGCAACGAUGCGAUGAAGAUCCAGCUGAUGGUCUUAGUCAAGAUGAAUCAGCUGCCAUCAUGCUCUACUCUAUGGAAUGGAUACCUCGAGAAGAAUGUCUCUACUCUGUUCUCAACACCAUUCUUCGGUCUGAAGAUAGACGUAAACUAGAGCCUUGGUUUCUCUAUUUGAAGCUUCUUCUAAGUGGACUCACUCGACUUCCAUCGACUCGUCGAUUUGUCUAUCGAGGCGUCAAAAUGGAUUUAAGCAAGCAAUAUAAACCAGGAAAAGCAAUUGUUUGGUGGGCUUUUUCUUCUUGUACAUCAACAGUAGGGGUGCUGCAAAAUGAAGAUUUUUUAGGUCAGACAGGUGAAAGAACGAUGUUUACUAUCGAAUGUGACAGUGGUAAAGAUAUUAGUCGUCAUUCUUAUUUUCGAUCUGAGGAGGAAAUUCUGCUUCCUCCUGGUAGACAAUUCGAAGUUGUUGCGUCUCUACAAACAGGACCCGAUAUUCAUGUGAUCCAAUUGAAAGAGGUUACGCCUCCUAUUGUGCUUCUGCAACCAGUAUCAUUGGCUUCCAAUGCGACUAAGGCUACAUCAGAUAAAUCAAAGCCAACUCAACCCAACUCAACUACACUAGUACUGAACCCUAAACCAAAGCCACAGCAUUCAACUUUCAUCCCGAAUAUUCCCUCAAAUGCCAGAUGGGAAAAUAAUGGAAUCAUCGUCGCUGGAGGAAAUGGAUCAGGUGAUGCAGAGAAUCAACUAGAGUAUCCUUAUGACUUGCACGUGGAUGAUGAUCAAACUCUUUACAUUAGUGACUACGGCAAUAAUCGUAUUAUGGAGUGGAAGGCUGGUUCGAAGAGCGGUCAAGUGGUUGCUGGUGGGCAUGGCCGGGGAGCUCGAGAUGAUCAGCUGAAUACGCCACGUGGUGUGAUUUUGGACAACGAGAUGGACGCUCUCAUCAUCUGUGAUGCGGGAAACGGACGUGUGACAAGAUGGUCUAGGCAAAAUCGAACAAAUGGAGAAACGAUCAUCAAUAAUGUCAAUUGUUGGGGUUUGAUGAUGGACAAUCAGAGAUUUCUCUACGUGACUGACCAAGUGGCAGUUCGACGAUAUGACACGGAAGAAAAGAAUGGUAUAGUAGUGGCGGGUGAAAAUAGUGGUGGUGACGGUCUCAAUCAACUCGACAGACCUGACCUAAUCUUUGUUGAUCGAGAUUAUUCUAUCUACGUCUCGGAAUAUUGCAAUCAUCGUGUAAUGAAAUGGGCGAAAGGUGCAAAAGAAGGCAUUAUUGUGGCGGGUGGUCGAGGCGAAGGCAAUGCUUUAACACAACUAUCGAACCCUACAGGAGUGUUCGUCGAUCAGUUGGAGACAGUCUAUGUGGUAGACUUUGGUAAUAAUAGAGUGAUGCGAUGGUGCAAAGGAGCAACACAGGGAAGCAUCAUCAUCGGAGGAAAGCAUUUGUGUGGCCCUAGAGGCUUGUCAUUCGAUCACUAUGGUAAUAUGUAUGUUGUCGAUUGUUGUAAUUAUCGAGUUCUAAGAUUUUCAAUUGAAAAGUGA